GGUCUGUCCUUUGCCCCCACAUGCCCUUGCUUUCUCUCUCUAGCACACUCCUCUCUCCCCCCAUAAAUACCCUAUAAUCUCCCUUCUGCCUUUUCACACCAACUAUAACAACACUCUUUUCUCAUUUCUCUCAUCAACUCGAUACCAAAAGUUUUCUUUUUUUAUUCUCUUCUUACUAGAAAAAAAAAAGGAGAAGAAAAAAGAGAUAUGGCUAUUAGGAAAUCGUCGAACAAAUUGUCUCAGACAACAGUUAUUAAGCAGAUCCUGAAGAGAUGCUCGAGCUUAGGGAAGAAACAAGGGUAUCACGACCAAGAAGGGCUUCCUUUAGAUGUGCCAAAGGGACACUUUGUUGUAUAUGUUGGUGAAAAUAGAAGCAGAUAUAUUGUGCCCAUUUCUUUCUUGACAAGACCUGAGUUUCAAACCUUGCUUCAUGAAGCAGAAGAGGAGUUUGGGUUUGAUCACGAUAUGGGUCUUACCAUUCCUUGUCAAGAACAAGUUUUUCUGUCUCUAACAUCCAUGCUCAGAUGAAGACAAAAAAAAAAAAAUGAAAAGAAAAAAGAAGCUAGAGCUAAAUACAUUCUUCAGGUUAAUCAGUUUUAUUAUAUGCGGGGAUCUGUCUGGAGAAAAUUAAUGACUGUAGAGAUGAAGCUGCUCACUGCUUCUCUGUUUUAAUUUUCUUUCUCUUUCUCUUUCUCUUUCUCUUUCAUAUAUAAUUCUUUCUCUGGGUUUUUUUUUCUUUUACUGUGACCCAAGAGAGAAAAGUAGAAACCCAAGAACACUAUUUAUGGGUUUAGACGCCAUGUAAAUCUUCAAGUUUGUAAUUUUUCCUUACAGUGUUGUGGGGUUUGUUACCAAUGUAUAACCUGUGGGAGAAGAACUAAUAUUAAUUAUAGUACAUUCUCACUUUAUUUUA